AUGGUGCUCGCGCAGCUGGGCGGGAGCAUCUCCCGCGCGCUCGCGCAGAUGAGCAACGCCACGGUGAUCGACGAGAAGGUGCUCGGGGAGUGCCUCAACGAGAUCUCCCGCGCGCUGCUGCAGUCCGACGUCCAGUUCAAGAUGGUCCGCGACAUGCAGACCAACAUCAGGAAGAUCGUCAACCUCGAGACCCUCGCCGCCGGCACCAACAAGCGACGCAUCAUACAGCAGGCCGUCUUCACGGAGCUCUGCAACAUGCUCGAUCCCGGGAAGCCGGCCUUCACCCCCAAGAAGGGCAAGCCCAGCGUCGUCAUGUUCGUCGGGUUGCAGGGUUCUGGAAAAACUACCACAUGUACCAAAUACGCAUAUUAUCAUCAGCGCAAGGGAUUUAAACCGUCUCUGGUUUGUGCCGAUACAUUCCGAGCUGGUGCUUUUGAUCAGUUGAAGCAGAAUGCAACCAAGGCAAAGAUACCUUUUUACGGAAGCUACAUGGAGUCAGAUCCUGUGAAAAUUGCUGUUGAGGGUCUGGAAAGGUUCAGGAAAGAAAAUUCUGAUCUCAUCAUUAUUGACACAAGUGGACGCCAUAAGCAAGAGGCUGCACUCUUCGAAGAAAUGCGUCAAGUUGCAGAAGCAACGAAACCAGACCUGGUGAUAUUUGUGAUGGAUGGCAGUAUUGGUCAGGCUGCGUUUGAUCAGGCACAAGCAUUUAAACAAAGUGCUUCUGUUGGUGCUGUCAUCGUAACGAAAUUGGAUGGUCAUGCAAAAGGAGGCGGUGCACUUAGCGCGGUUGCAGCUACAAAAAGUCCAGUGAUAUUUAUUGGAACUGGAGAACACAUUGAUGAAUUUGAGAUUUUUGAUGUGAAACCAUUUGUCAGCCGUCUGCUAGGUAUGGGAGACUUGUCUGGCUUAAUGGACAAGAUCCAGGAUGUUAUGCCUGCUGAUCAACAGCCUGAGCUUCUGGCAAAGCUGGCUGAAGGAACCUUCACUCUCAGACUUUUGUAUGAGCAAUUCCAGAAUCUUCUGAAAAUGGGUCCUAUUGGCCAGGUCUUCUCCAUGUUGCCUGGAUUUAGUUCAGAGUUGAUGCCAAAAGGACAUGAGAAAGAAGGCCAAGCGAAGAUUAAGCGGUACAUGACGAUUAUGGAUUCCAUGACAGCAGCAGAGCUCGACAGUACAAACCCAAAGCUGAUGACUGAGUCGCGAAUCAUCCGGAUCGCUCGGGGGUCUGGCAGGCAAAUCAGAGACGUGAUGGACAUGCUGGAAGAGUACAAGCGGCUAGCCAAGAUGUGGAGCAAGAUGAAGGGGCUAAAGAUGCCGAAGAAUGGGAAGAUGAGCGACCUGUCCCAGAACCUGAACAUCCAGCAGAUGACCAAGGCGCUCCCGCCGCAAGUGCUGAAGCAGAUGGGCGGCAUGGGCGGCCUGCAGGCCCUGAUGAAGCAGAUGGGCGGCAAGGACAUGAGCAAAAUGCUCGGUGGCAUGGGACUGGGCGGUGAUUAG